AUGAGCUUGAUACGUGUCUUGGCUACCGGGCUAUCAGCAGUCUUGCUCGUUAGUCCCGUUGCAGCGCAGACUACAGCACCAGCUUGGGGGCAAUGUGGCGGCAGUGGCUGGACUGGAGCUACAAGCUGCAGUAGCGGCUAUAUCUGCUCAGUUCUCAACCCCUAUUACUCUCAAUGUAUUCCAGGAUCCAGCACUCCUACAACCUCAUCUACCAGACCUGUUUCAACGUCCACUACCCCUAUCGCAACAGGCACUAACACCCGUACGACUUCUCGCGCAACUACCACUCUUGUGACCGUGACCACCACGGAUGCAGGUGGCAGCGGCUCUGUUCCUACAACUCUCGUCUCUGGAUGGUCCUGGAUUCGCGCCGUGGCCUCGCCCAACUUCCACAGCUACCUCCAGGCCAAGCCCACCGGCACGCCCAGCAAAGCCUACCUCGAUUCACCUAGCAGCGCGGGUCAGUUCAAAGUUGAGGACGGCCAACUCGUGCAUCUGACUGGAUCAUCGCCACUUUACCUCAAUGUCGAGAACCCGACAGACAAGACGCAGAGAAAGCUAGAGACGUGGUUUAGUGCAAGCAAAGGCACAUAUGGAACUUUUGCCUUCCAGGGCGAUACGCUUACUUGGAGCACACCCGACAUUAGCCGGCCCAACGUGGCUGCAUGGCUUGUUUGUGAGAACCAGGAGGUGUUCAUUAACACGGGGGCAUAUCUGUAUCAGACGCCCGUUGGUUGUUUUGAUCAGACUGUGAGUGAAACCCUCGACUCUUGCAAGGUAGUGCCAGGAAACUGA